CCAACCAAUCCGUCAACACUCGUAAACAAAAAUCUAUGAUAAAGCUUCCAUCCUAGUUCCAUCACUUCCCCGCCCCACUGUGCUUACCAUCAUCACAUGAUUCACAUCUCUUCCGGUGGAUUUCAAUCCUUUUAUCACAAAGCCAAGCGACAGAAAAAGGAAGAAGAAUUAAUUACCAUAAUUAGGCCAGGGAGAUUGACUCCAGCGAAGAGACGAACACUCCGAACUACGCAAACCCAAACCAAAAACCCAAGAAAACAGGCUCUUCUGGAACUCCCAAGAUUGUGUGGCUUUUCAAUCCCUUCUCCCAUUGUUUUAGGCCAGAAUGUUGGCCUCAGCGACUCCCACACCCUUCACCUUGAAGCCCUCUGAUGCCCAACGCAAAGUCCCCAAAACCCAUGUGGAAGCUGUUCCAUUUGCAACCAGAAAAGCCAAAAGAAGCGACUUAACAGUCGUUUCCUACGCAACCCAACAUCAUAAUCAUCAAUAUCAUGGCCUCAACUCCAAUUCUCGCUCUAACCGUGCUGUCGUCACAAGAGUCAGCAGUGAUGGUGGUGCUGUUGAUUCUACUCCACAGCACUCUACACCUCCUGAUAUUGAAGCAAUUAAGAGCACUUCUCCUAGUUUUGGUGAUAGUUAUGUGGCCUUGUUUGUCCGAAUGCUUGGGCUGGACUAUGAUCACCUUGAUAGAGAACAGGCAAUAGUGGCUCUCUGGAAAUACUCACUUGGAGGAAAGAAGUAUAUUGAUGCUAUCAUGCAGUUUCCUGGCUGCAUAAAUCUCACUUUAAACCUUCUUAGAUCAGAGUCUACUUCCACUUGUGAAGCAGCUGCAGGCCUUCUACGAUCAAUUUCUUCAGUCAAUUUAUACAGGGAAUUAGUAGCAGAAAGUGGAGCAAUUGAAGAGUUAACUGGCUUGCUGAGCCGACCUUCCUUAAUUCCUGAGGUAAAGGAGCAAAGUAUGUGUACUUUGUGGAACUUGUCUGUAGAUGAGAAGCUUAGAGUGAAAAUUGCGAACAGUGAUAUCCUGCCAUUACUAAUUAAGACCCUUGAUGACGAGGACAUAAAAGUGAAGGAAGCAGCAGGAGGGGUUUUGGCAAAUUUAGCAUUGAGCCACUUUAACCACAACAUGAUGGUUGAAGCAGGAGUUAUACCAAAAUUGGCAAAUAUCUUAAAAACUGAUGUGGAAGGAUCUAAAGUCAUUAGAAAGGAAGCAAGAAAUGCAUUAUUGGAGCUAGCAAAGGAUGAAUAUUACAGAAUUCUUGUCAUAGAGGAAGGUCUGGUUCCUGUUCCCUUGAUUGGUGCAGCUGCAUACAAGUCCUUCAGACCAGGUUUGCAUUCCUGGCCUAGUUUACCAGAUGGUACAAAGAUUGAACAGACUUCUAAAGUUCCUUCUAGAUUUGGUGCCUCUGAAUUACUCCUUGGAUUAAAUAUUGAUGACAAGAAUGUAAACAUGGAGGAGGCCAAGAUGAAAGCAAUAGUUGGGCGGACACAACAGCAAUUUCUUGCUCGUAUUGGAGCUAUAGAAAUGGAGAAUGAAAAUAAAUCUCAAUCUGAAUGCUCCACUGAUCACCGACUUACACUUUUACCAUGGAUGGAUGGCGUGGCUCGAUUAGUUUUGAUUCUUGAACUUGAAGAUGAGUUGGCCAUAUCAAGAGGUGCAGAGUCAAUUGCUGAUGCAUCUAUAAAUGAACAUAUGCGAGUUGCAUUCAAAGAUGCUGGAGCAAUCAAGCAUUUAGUUAGGCUUUUAGGCUAUGCUAAUGAUUCUGUCAGAUUGGCUGUCACUCAAGCUUUGGAGAGGUUGUCUAUCAGCAAUGGUGUCUGCCAGACAAUCGAAGCUGAAGGUGUUAUUGAUCCUUUGGUCAGUAUUGUAAAGCUGUCGCAGACCUCUGAAAGCCUGAUGGAAAAGAGCUUGAAUGUUCUUGCUCGGAUAUUAGACCCUAGUAAAGAGAUGAAAUCAAAGUUUUAUAAUGGACCAGUUAAUGGGUCAAAAAGAGGAUCAGAGUCAGCAAGAAGCCCUGAAGAUUCCACAGUAUUACCUGGAAAUAUUGUAAAAAAAUCCAUAUUGAAAGCAAAUACCAGGGAAGAUGUGCUGGAUACUGCCUUCUUUGCUCGCCUUGUGGAGAUUCUAAAGACCUCAUCCCCAAGUUUACAAAGAAAAGUGGCUUCGAUUCUUGAGUUUGUGGCGAUUAUUGACCCAAGCAUGAACUCAAUCAUUUCAGUAGAUAUUGAAUCAGGUUUGGAUGCUGUUUUCCAACAAAAAGUUCUGAAAGACAUAGAAUCUGAUGCAGAAGGCCAGCAGCCAGAAAAAUAUGCCCUUGAAGUUGAAGAAGCCGGUCUUGCAAUUUCUGCAGCAUCCCGAUUAUUAGCAAAGCUGCUCGACUCUCAGCAUUUUUGCCAAAAGAUAAAUUCCACCCAUUUCACUAAUUUGCUCCGAGAAAUCCUAAAAUCAAACAUACCCCUUAACAAAAAAGAUUGGGUUGCUGCUUCCUUAGUUAAAGUCAGCUCUAUUUCUGGCCGCAACUCUGAGAAUGAGGAUCCAAUCAACAUGGAGGUAACUCUUUAUGAGACCAUCCCAAGACUUUUAGAGAAGAUGAAAACCUCUCUCUCUCAGGAAGUACAGGAAGCUGCAGUAAUGGAGCUCAACAGAAUAAUUUCUGAAGGGGUGGUGGAUUCAACUCGAGCUAUUGCUGCUGAGGGUGGAAUAUUUCCAUUGGUAAAGCUGAUUGAAGAAGGAAGUGAGAGGGCUGUUGAAGCAGGUUUGGCUAUACUGUAUAAUCUAAGCAUGAACAGUGAGAAUCAUUCGGCAAUUAUAGCUGCCGGAGCCGUGCCGGCAUUGAGAAGAAUUGUACUAUCUCAAAGGCCACAGUGGCCACGAGCAAUUCAUUUGUUGAGGACUUUACCUACUUGAUUCUACAAUUAGACCAAGAAAUUGAUAACAGAUAUGUAUUUUUGUAGGAGCAAUUGUACUAUUAUCCUUUUUGCUCAACUCAGAGAACCAACAGGACAGUUAUAUGGACAUCAUAGUGAUAUUAUGCGGUUAAAUACAUGCUACAUUGUCUUGUUUAGCACCUUAAAA